AUGUAUAUGGGCUCAGAAAAGUUCACUUUGGAGGGACAGCAGUUAAGUCGCAUGGAAAAGCCGAUGGAGAGCGAGAGUCAAGAGGCACUUGAAGAGGAUAAAGCGCCGAUACUACAUGAAGAGGAUGCUGCGCCGAUCAGCGAUGAUAAAGAGGUCGAAGCGAGUGAAGAUCUCGAGGGCAAUAUUGAUCCGAAGCGAUAUACUAAGCAGAAGGAGUUGGUGAAGUGCAGGGUCAUAAACAGCCAGGCUGCCAGCCAUAUCAAUCUUUCUCAAAAGUAUGGUAUCCAACUGGCUGGAAUGAAUGGGGGCGCAGCUUCGUUGAGCGGGUCGGGUGACACGAGUCAGGCACCAAUGCCAAGGGGAGCCACUUCUCGCGACAGCGUAACGCAAGUCGAGGUGGUGAUGACUACCUUCCGCGUAUGCCAACCAAAAAAGCUCCGCCAGGCUGGAAAGAACAAGUACGAAACACUGCAUCGGCCUACUGCACCGCGCGUCCGGCAUCUUCGUCUGCGCUGUUUUGUCACCGGCUGUUUUGGCAACACCUCCGUCAAUAUUGCCCAGAGUGCAAGGGAUCAUGGGAUACUUCCCGGCAACAUUGUGGCUUCCACUGAAAUCUUUGCAAUUCGGGAAAUCAGCAAUCGCUCUCCAGGAACGCGGGCAGGUAAGCUGGGGACUUGA